CAAAUCUAGACGAAUGUUAAUACUCUGCGGGGGCAAACAGUGCUCAGUGAAGUGACGAUGUCAGUGGAUACGCUGAAUAAUGAUCACAGGAGCUCUCCAGGAUGGAUGUUCUGGAGGAAGAGACGUUACCUGAUAGCAUGCCUGUCCUUCGUGGGGUUCUGCAACGUCUACAUCAUGAGGGUGAAUUUGAGUGUAGGCAUAGUCGCCAUGACUUCCAGCUACACAGUCGUCUUGGAGAACGGGACAACUAUUGAAACGCAAGACUUUGAUUGGGACUUCAAAAAGCAAGGAGUGAUCCUCAGUUCCUUCUUCUACGGCUACUUGAGCACUCAACUACUAGGGGGGUGGUUGGCCGCCCGACUGGGUGGCAAGUUCGUGUUAGGGAUUGGGGUGUUCGUCACAGCACUGCUCACCAUCCUCACACCACCCAUCGCCGCUACCAGCUUUUACCUAUUCGUUUUCGCUAGGAUCCUCGAAGGAUUGUUUGAGGGAGUGACAUAUCCCGCUGUCCAUGCUAUUUGGGCUCGGUGGGCUCCAGUGCAAGAACGGAGCUUUCUGGUGGGAUUUUCGCUUUGUGGGACUCCCUUGGGAACGGUAUUGGGUCUACAGAUGUCCGGAGUGUUGGGUAGUGUCUUGGGCUGGCGAGCUAUUUUCUACAUCACAGGACUGAUGGGCCUUGUGUGGUCCAUAGUUUGGUUAUUAGUGGUCAGAGACCGCCCAGAGGACGAUUCUGGCAUCUCUCCUGAGGAGCUGCACUUCAUCCAGAAUUCCAUAGGCAGUGUUCCUGCUGCUAGAAAACAUGUGACACAUCCGUGGCUCAAGAUAUUAACUGCCUUACCGUUUUGGGCGAUUGUAGUUGGCAACUUUUGUUUAUGCUGGUCUCAUUACACCAUGCUUAUUCUGCUCCCAACGUUAAUGAAAGACGUAUUCGACUAUAACCUGGCUGAAUCUGGGCUCGUAACCUCACUUCCAUAUUUGAUGAUGGGGCUGACUACGCAGUUCAUGGGUGGCAUCAGUGAUUGGCUGCAAAAUACCAAUGUUCUAUCCAUUACAAAGAUACGCAAGUUGUUCCUGAGCGGGUCUUUGAUUGGCGAGGCGUGUUUCCUGUUCCUCGCAGGACACAUGCGGACUCCUACUCUUGUAAUCCUGUGUCUUAUAGCAGAUUUCGCUCUGGAGGGCAUCACCUUGUCCAAUUACUAUGUGAACUGCCUCGAUAUCGCGCCCCAGCACGCCAGUGUGAUCUUCGGUAUCUCUAACACCUUUGCAAGUGCAUCUGGUAUUAUCAGUCCUAUGCUUGCAAGUUACAUUGUCACAGAUAAGAGCGCGGAGCAGUGGCAGAUUAUAUUCUACAUCGCCAGUUCUCUCAUGGCGGUUGGAGCCGUGUUCUGUGGUUUGUUUAUAUCUGGAGAUAGGCAGCCCUGGGCCGUGGAGCAACAACCUACUCUACCGUGCAAGAAUGGCAACACUGGUUGCUUGAACAAUGCAUUCAGUGAUAUCCAUGAGGAUAAAUCCUAACUAUAAUGAAUAAAGCUUACAUUUCCAUACUCUACCUUAAUGCCCUCAAUCAAUAUUUAUUGUAAAUAUGCAUAAAUACAAAAUUCCUAAUUAAUUCCUACUACGAUUUUAUUAUUGUUAUCGAAAUACUUUUCUCUGCUCGCAAAUUGCAGUAUUUAGGUGUAUGAUAAUGUUCAAUUAUUGAUAAUAGUGCCACCACAACUAUUUAAAUUCUUUUCCAUGGUAUAGGGACAAAUGAAGUUUUGCCAUGUUAUAAUAAUUACAGCUAUUAUAGUGUAUUAUAGAAAUAUUGUUCAUGCAUAAUACUACUACAGUGUCUAGCUGAUUUGUAAUAAUUUAAAGAUUCAUAGUAAAGUUAACUACGAGUAAGCUACAGUGACUCCAGUGUUUAUUGAAUUACACAAUUUGUUUGUAAAUAGAGAAUGGUUUUAAAAUAAGAUUUUCAACUCUUUGAAUGUCCAUGUAUAUAGGUGUCAUACUUAUACAUUAUAUAUAAAUUUUUUAAAUAUAAAACUUAAUUCCUUUUUUUAUUAAAAACUGAUUGUAUAACUUGUA